CCGGGCCCGCCCCUCCUCCCCCCGGCGGCGGCAGACGUGUUGUUUUGGUGGCGGCGCCGGCCGCCGCGGAGUCCCAGCGCCUUACCUGCGUCCGCUGCGGCGGGCCCACCGACUGCCUCGCCCCAGGAUUAAUUUAUUUUUGGAAAUCAAGUGCAGUAUUAAAAAGAAAACAAACCACACUGCAUUAUUGGAAGCCAUUUCUGCUAAUUUUGUCCCCUUUUAAGCUGUGUGGUGUGAUGUGAAUGCUGUCAUGGGAGGAGCUGUGAGUGCUGGGGAAGAUAACGAUGACUUGAUUGAUAACCUGAAAGAAGCGCAGUAUAUCCGCACUGAGAGAGUGGAGCAAGCCUUCCGAGCGAUCGAUCGCGGGGAUUACUAUCUGGAAGGCUACCGGGACAAUGCUUACAAAGACUUAGCCUGGAAGCAUGGCAACAUACACUUGUCAGCACCUUGCAUUUAUUCUGAAGUUAUGGAAGCCUUGAAACUUCAACCAGGAUUGUCUUUUCUUAACCUGGGAAGUGGAACCGGAUAUUUAAGUACAAUGGUGGGCUUAAUUUUAGGAAAUUCUAGUUUUUAUCAGUUUGUCUUUGGUAAUAAUAAGGAAUUACAAGAGGUCUUCAUGGAUGGAUGUUCCAGUUUGCAGAUGAAGACUAAGUUUGACAGUGAGGAAACAAAAAGUCCUUUUGGAAUAAAUCAUGGGAUUGAGCUUCAUUCAGAUGUGGUGGAAUAUGCCAAGGAAAAACUGGAGAGCUUCAUCAAAAAUAGUGACAGCUUUGAUAAAUUUGAGUUCUGUGAACCUGCGUUUGUGGUUGGUAAUUGCCUCCAGAUAGCAUCGGACAGUCAUCAGUAUGAUCGAAUUUAUUGUGGAGCUGGAGUCCAGAAAGACCAUGAAAACUACAUGAAAAUACUACUGAAAGUCGGGGGCAUUCUAGUCAUGCCUAUAGAAGACCAGUUAACACAAAUUAUGCGAACUGGGCAAAACACUUGGGAAAGUAAAAACAUCCUUGCUGUGUCAUUCGCUCCACUCGUGCAGCCGAGUAAGAACGACAAUGGCAAGCCGGAUUCCGUGGGCCUCCCCCCCUGUGCUGUCAGGAAUCUGCAGGACCUCGCUCGCAUUUACAUCCGGCGCACGCUUAGAAAUUUCAUAAAUGAUGAGAUGCAGGCCAAGGGGAUCCCUCAGAGGGCUCCGCCCAAGAGGAAAAGGAAGAGGGUGAAGCAGAGGAUUAAUACGUACGUCUUUGUGGGGAAUCAGCUCAUCCCUCAGCCGCUAGACAGUGAGGAGGACGAGAAGAUGGAGGAAGACAAAGAGGAGGAGGAGAGAGACCAGGGUGAAGCUCAGAAGCCGGAGGAGCCGCCCCAGAACCUGCUGAGAGAGAAGAUCAUGAGGCUGCCCCUGCCUGAGUCUCUGAAAGCUUACUUGACGUACUUUAGGGAAAAAUAACUUAGCACAAGAAGAAAGAAUGCCUACUGAUAAUUCCUUUAGUCUUGAAAAUGUAGCAUUUGUUAGGCGUUAAAAGAGAAUUCUUUCUUUCAUCAGAGUGAAUUUAUAGUGGAAAAAAUAUAACUUGUUUCUGUCUUAGUAAUAAAAAUGAUGUAUUCGGUGAUUAAAAAGAAUCCCUUUUAUAAAAUAUAUUUUUCUUUAAAUCUUGGAAAAAUUGCUGUUUUAACUUGGAGCGACUUCAAGAGUGGAAUGCAGCAGUAGUCAAGACUGGGCCCUGCAGGUCCUCGCCUGGUUCCUUACAGACUUGUAGUGGUGAGGGUUACACUUAGCUUUCCACCGGGUGAGAUUGUCAUGAAGCAUGUGUAAUGUGAUGCGCAUUGCAGCCGUGUGCAUUUCCUCCAUGAAAGCUUACCUAGUAAGGAUGUCAGAAGCGUUGAGGGCCACUUCCUCGUGCUGCAGGCACUGUUGCUGAGUUGCUGUAGGUCUGUCCCGGGCAAUGUAUGAGUGCAAUAACAGUACAGAUACGGAAUAAUGUAGCUUUAAAAACCUCGUUUCAUGGAAUUCAACAGCACUGCUACUCUUGCUUUUGAAUCUGUUGCCAAAAGACGUGGGGGAAAUACCUGCUUCUCUCAUAGAGAUUUUAAGAGCACAUCAAGUGAAUUUUAAGGUCAGACGUAUAUACUUAAUACAACUCUUAGUUUGUAUCAACCCUGUACAUUUUUAGUAUUUAAACAUGAUGAGGUUGUCUUUCUCUGAAGUUGUGGAAGAUCGCAUGUUCAGGACUGUUCCCUGCAGUCCACUGUGUGCAGUGUCUGGUGCAGGAGAGCCCGCUGUUCCCUGUCACCACCAGUGCUCAUCAGUGAGGGAGUCGGCGGGGCGGGCUGGUCACGUCACAGGUGCACUUUAGCUUUAGCAGGGGAACUCCCAGUUCGGGGGCAGGUUCAUCCUCGACGAGUAGGGCUGUGCCAGCCUGCAUUUGCUUUGAAAUUCAUCGUUGUGGUAUAGGAAGUAUUCACAGAAAUUAUCUGUAGAUGCCUACUGCUUUGGAAAUUCGGAAUCAUAGUGUAAUCUUUGGGACCUACGUUGGGCUCCUUUAACUUCUUCCCAUGUUUUUAUUUUGUUGUUUCUUGUGGUAAAAUAACAAUGAUUUUCAUUUUUUGCUUAAUAUUACAUACUGUAUUCAUUAUUUGAAUGUCAGUGGUAAAACAGGUAGUAAAUGCCAUUAUUAGUGUGCUGCUUUUCUUCCUACGAGGGCCUGAAGAGUCAUUCCUUGUUAAGAAAGUAUAAAGUGGAGCAUAUUUACUAUUUAGUGUCACAUGGAUGAUAUAUUUUUUAAAAAGAAAAAUUUGAGAGUAUCACUUAAUACCACCAGCAGCACUGUUACAACUGCGGAUCAAAUAUGCUCGAGGAAACGCAGUCAGCGGUACAGUGGAAGUGUUACUGUGUCUGUGCAAAGACUCAAACGUUAGUAAUACACAGAUGGUGUAAAAAGCCUCAGCUCUGGUAAUUCCACACGUCUAAAAACAAGUGCUUGAAGUGUUCUAAGCAUGAGUUAUCCCAGGUGAAUCAGGAUAUUUCAAUAAUGUGGAUGAUGAUUUCAUGCAAGCUGUUUGUUUUAUACCAGUGACUGGGCUUGGGCGUUGGGGGUUGGAGGUUUGGGGGUAUCUCCACAAUUUUUUUUAGAUGAUUACUAAGCUGUUAUUGUUAAGAAAUGCCCCGUCUCAUUUCUAUCAAGGAAAAAAAAUGGUUUCAUACAAUUAUCAUGUUAGAAAUGUUCAUUUUAUUUUGAAAUAAAUGUUCAUUUUGGAAGUUUAAUUUUGAGUUCCUGGGGCCCACAUAUUAUUAUCUAGCACCCCCCCAACCCCAUACUUUGUUGUUUUUGGAACAAGUGUUCAGAUAUAUAAACAUAUAAUGUUUUCUUAAAUGAUGAUUUUACUACUCAUGAGGGAAGUUUUUGUUAAGGAUAUAUUUGAAGAUUGAGUUUUUCAUAUCAGCUUUCAUUCUGCUGGCCUUGGCAAAAUGUACAGUAGAUUUUCAUAAUCAUUGCCUAUUUUGUCAUUGAAAUGUAUCUUUUGUGUUUUUAAAUGCAUUUAUUUUACAGUUGUGACUUUACUAUUGACUUUAAAUAAAGAAGUAGAAAUAACGAAAUUUUAAGUGACAGCCUUUUUAUCUAUUAAUGGGAAUAUAUUAGAAUGAUUAAGAAUAUUUUGGGUGUUUAUUUUUUUAAUGAAUCAUUAUAUUCGAGUGUGGAUAAUUAUGCUUUAUAGCUGAGAGGUAGCAAAUAAAGAUGAAGUAACUGAAAAAGAUGAGCAGUGUAUUCAUGCUAUUUUACAGCGGGAUAAAUUUUAAUUAUUUUGUGGAGAGAAAGUGAGCCAGGGAGGGAGCACGACUUCGCCUUCAGUCAGACUUCUGGAUGGAGAUGGCUUGAAGUAGCGUCCAGAAUCCGAUAAAGCCCCAGAACUGCCAGUAGCACCGUAACUACCAUCGUUUAAAUCUGUACUGCUUAUUGGUCGAUAUAUCUGGUUCUAGAAUUAAUCAAGAAAAAUGUCAUUAAAAUAGCACACAUAGUAGUUAAAAUACAAAAUAAGUGUUGGUUUCUAGCUGUUUGAGAGGACGAAAGUGAAACGAAACCUGUUAAAUUAUGGGGAACCUUGGAAAAUUAUUUUAAAUAAACA